UCCUCACUCGCUCACUUGUUUAUGUGUUCGAAAGAGAGUGACGCCAUUCGAACACGAACCCUACCGCCGCCACCGCCUCCCCCCUUCCCGCUCCGCUGCCUCUCACCGCGGAAGGAGAAGAGUCGGAGGAAUCGGAGACAGACCGCCUUUGUUUGUUUCCUCGUCUCCCGUCGAUCGCUGAACAAGCCACGUGCUCUCCCCCAGGUCCAGUUUAGUUUAGGGUUUAGGCCGCUUCGAUCCUGUUGUAGGGUUUUAUGGCGUCGGAGGAUGUGGUGGGGAAGAGCACGGGGGAGUCGGCGGUGACGACGAUCGUGAAUCUCGCGGAGGAGGCGAAGCUCGCGAGGGAGGGAGUCAAGGCCCCCGGCUACGCGGUCGUCAGCAUCUGCAAGUCCCUCGUGGCCGGAGGCGUCGCGGGAGGAGUAUCAAGGACUGCUGUUGCUCCACUUGAACGUUUAAAAAUCCUGCUUCAGGUUCAAAAUCCUCAUAGCAUUCAAUAUAAUGGAACUAUCCAAGGCCUCAAGUAUAUAUGGAAAUCUGAGGGUUUACGAGGACUAUUCAGAGGCAAUGGUACUAACUGUGCACGGAUUGUCCCCAAUUCGGCAGUCAAGUUUUUUAGCUACGAACAAGCAUCAAGUGGAAUUUUGUGGCUUUAUCGUCAGCAAUCAGGCAAUGAAGAAGCUCAGCUCACUCCUGUAUUACGUCUUGGGGCUGGAGCAUGUGCUGGAAUUAUUGCUAUGUCCGCCACUUACCCAAUGGAUAUGGUCCGUGGAAGAAUUACAGUUCAGACUGAAAAGUCGCCUUACCAGUACAGAGGAAUGUUCCAUGCAUUGGGCACUGUCUACCGUGAAGAAGGCUUUCGAGCUCUGUACAAAGGGUGGCUUCCAUCUGUCAUAGGAGUAAUCCCUUAUGUAGGCCUCAAUUUUGCGGUAUACGAAUCGCUUAAGGAUUGGCUAAUUAAAUCUAACCCAUAUGGUCUUGUUGAAGAUUCGGAGUUGAGUGUGGUCACAAGGCUUGGAUGCGGUGCUGUUGCUGGAACUGUUGGGCAGACGGUUGCGUACCCUCUCGAUGUCAUUCGCAGAAGAAUGCAAAUGGUGGGUUGGAAAGAUGCAGCCUCGGUUGUGACAGGUCAAGGUAGGAGUAGUGCUCCCUUGGAAUACACAGGAAUGGUUGAUGCAUUCAGGAAAACGGUGCAUCAUGAAGGCUUUGGGGCAUUAUACAAGGGUCUCGUCCCCAAUUUGGUCAAGGUGGUUCCAUCCAUUGCGAUUGCAUUCGUGACAUACGAGGUUGUGAAGGAUCUUCUCGAAGUAGAAAUGAGAAUAUCGGACUGAAGCCCCUGAAUCGAUGGGGUGGUUGUGCCACUUUUGUGUGCACUUUGGCUGCUGUUUUUUCUUUCCCCCAUCCCCCCAGGUUUCAUAAGAGGGGCAAAAGAUCCAGUUCUCUCUCUCUCUCUCUCUCAUCCCAACCCAAAGUGCUUCGCGGUGAAAUAAAUGGUUUCUGUAAGUUGCGGCGAGAACACGAAAUGUGUUUUAUGAUGAUGAAUAAUGUUUGCUGCUGCAAUUUUUUUGUGGCUUCGACUCCUGAUGAAAGGCCGAGCUAUUUAGCUU